GCACCAGAACCGGAAGUGACGCAGUGCGGAAGUGGCGCGUUUAAACCCUUCCCCGGGACUCCGGGUGUGUUACAGCUAUGCGGCGAGCCACGACUGAGACUGGACACCAUGUCAACAAAGAAACUGGCCAAGGAGCUGGGGCUUAUCAGGAAGCGCACUCCAUCCUCCAGCUCUCUUUCACACACAUCUGCUUCAAAUCAGCUGUUCUCAUAUCUGAUCGUCAUUGACUUUGAGUCAACGUGCUGGAGGGAGAAGAACAAUCAUGGACAGGAGAUCAUCGAGUUCCCCGCUGUACUGAUGAACACACACACCGGACAGAUAGAGUCUGAGUUCCACUCAUACGUCCAGCCGCAGGAACACCCGGUUCUCUCCUCCUUCUGUACAGAACUCACCGGCAUUACACAGGAGCAGGUGGAGGCAGGGCUUCCUCUGCAGAUCUGCCUGUCCCGGUUUACACGCUGGCUUCACACACUGCAGCAGGAAAGAGACGUGGUGUUCCCGAGAGAUUACACACAGACACACCCCGCUGUGUCGGGGAAACCCUGUGCCUUCCUCACCUGGUCAGAUUGGGAUCUCGGUGUGUGUUUGCAGUACGAGUGUAAACGCAAGCAGAUCUCUAAACCUGAGGCUCUGAAUAGCUGGAUUGACCUUCGAGCUACAUACAGGAUUUUCUACUACCGCAAACCCAAAGGCCUUAACGGAGCCCUGCAGGACCUGGGCAUUGAGUUCUCUGGGCGAGAACACUCCGGUCUGGACGAUGCCCGGAACACGGCUCGAUUGGCCUGGCGCAUGAUCAGAGACGGCUGCACGAUGAAAAUAACUAAAUCUCUGAGCAGGGCACCGCUGAAGUCUGGAGCGCCGGUGCGAGGUGUGUGUGCUGAAGGACUUGUGUGUAACAAGUGGGAAGAGAAGCAGCCGACACACAUCGGCGACACACACACAGGGUUACACACUGUGACAUCAUCACACACGAGUGUGUGUCAGAGUCUGGUGUCCCUGCACACCGUCCUGUCCUCCAUCACCACCCCGCUGCACACACUGACCGUCACACACGCGUCACGCCCGGACACACCCGUUACACAUGUGUCAUGCCUGGACACGCCAGUGUCUGAUUGGCCGGAGGACUUUGUGUUGACGGAAUUCGGGGAGUCUGGUUCCUAUGACGACGUGAUAUUAGAGGACUUCUCUGAAAACGUGCCCCAUGACUCCACCUCUCAUGUGUGUAAGACAAAGCCACGCCCACUUAACUCCAACCCCCCUUGUUCAAUUAAAGACCCAAUCAGAUCUCUGAAAGGAUUCGGCACAAGAACAACUCCCACAAUCCCUUUCUCCAUUUACAAUGACCAAUCACAUCAGUCCUCCUCCUCCUCCUCCUCCUCCUGUUCAGUGUUUCAUGCUCCUUCCUUCGAUCUGUCAUCAACAGUCAACCAGUCAGCUCGGCCCGCCGUCGCCAUCAACCAAUCAGCUCGGCCCGCCGUCGCCGUCAACCAAUCAGCUUGCUCCUCUAUCCCUAUAAACCAGUCAAAACUCUCCUCUGUCUCUGUUAACCACUCUGCUUGCUCCUAUUAUUCUAUCAACCAGUCACACAAUUCCAUCUCUCCCAACCAAUCAGCUCUCUCCUAUAUCUCCAUGAACCAAUCCGCUCACUCCUCCUUUUCUAUCAACCAAACCCGACCUUCUUGCUCUGUUAACCAAUCAUCACUCUCCUCCUCCUCUAAGCAGUUGCCCCUCCCACCUCCAAGGGGUGGGCUUAAGAUCACGGCUCCGCUGUGUGAUUGUGGCCGGCGGUCAAGGAGGUUGACUGUGUGUAAUGGUGGACCGAACCAUGGCCGGGCCUUCUACACCUGUGCGGGGAGUAGGCGCUCAGGCCCCGCCCCUCGCGACUCAACUCAUCCAGGCUCCACCAAUCGUAUAAAUGGGUGUGGCUUCUUUAAGUGGGAGUCGGCACUGAUUAAGUCCUCAGCUGUCAGCAGAAACACUUCAGCGCUGGGCUUCAACCUGAGUACAGCGGCUUCCAGAAACUUCCGAUGACUUCCUGUCUGUCUCAUCCUAAACCUGUCUGUCUCUCACCCUAAACCUGUCUCACUCACUCCAAACCUGUCUGUCUGUCUCAUCCUAAACCUGUCUGUCUCUCACCCUAAACCUGUCUCACUCACUCCAAACCUGUCUGUCUGUCCCACCCUAAAUCUGUUUCACUCACAGAACGGUCUCUCACUCUAAACCUGUCUCACCCUAAACCUGUCUGUCUCUCACCCUAAACCUGUCUCACUCACUCCAAACCUGUCUGUCUGUCCCACCCUAAAUCUGUUUCAAUCACAGAACGGUCUCUCACUCUAAACCUGUCUCACCCUAAACCUGUCUGUCUCUCACCCUAAACCUGUCUCACUCACUCCAAACCUGUCUGUCUGUCCCACCCUAAAUCUGUUUCACUCACAGAACGGUCUCUCACCCUAAACCUGUCUCACCCUAAACCUGUCUGUCUCUCACCCUAAACCUGUCUCACUCACUCCAAACCUGUCUGUCUGUCCCACCCUAAAUCUGUUUCAAUCACAGAACGGUCUCUCACCCUAAGCCUGUCUCACCCUAAACCUGUCUGUCUCUCACCUAAACCUGUUUCACUCACUUCAAACCUGUUUGUCCCACCCUAAAUCUGUCUCACUCACAGAAUUGUCUCUCACUCCAAACCUGUCUCUCUCUCUCUACCUGUCUCACUGAAUCAGGUGAUUUCUGUGUGUGAAAUGUGAGAAAAUGUUCCUCUAUACAUUCGCUAAAGGCAGCUGUGUGUGUGUGUGUGUGUGUGUGUGUGUGUGUGUGUGUGUGUGUAACAUCAUAAACAGUUUAUAGAGUUUGUUAAAUGUAAAAUGAUGAAUUUUUCUAACUGUUUACUUUACUUUUUUAUUUUUUAAUAAUAUUUUUGUGAUCAUUUGGAAUGAGAUGUAAAUUUAUUCGGUGUAGUCGUCAGUUUCUGCUCUAAUCACUCAAAUGAAAAUCUAAUAAUUAUGUACAUGAAUACUUUGUUUUCUUUUUUAUGCAUUUUUUAUUAACAUUCUGAGUAUUUGCUCAUUCAUGUUCACUUUCGGUUAUUUUUAUAUAUUUUAAAUUGUAAAUGUUAAACUUGCGGUAAAUUGCCUUAGAGGUGUUUGUAUUUUCAGUGUUGCGUGUGAUGAAUUAAAAUGUUUUGUAAUUGUUUUAUAUUUGGAUUAUUUUUAUUGUAAAUGACCUUAAAUUUAAUAAAAUUCAGAUUUACACUC